AUGGAGGCUCCUCCUGUCACUGUUAUGCCCGUUACUGGCGGCACUAUCAACAUGAUGGAGUAUUUAUUACAAGGAAGUGUGUUGGACCAGGCCCUGGAAAGUCUUUUACAUCGCUUGCGAGGCCUGUGCGACAACAUGGAACCCGCCACCUUUACAGACCAUGAGCUGGUUUACCUCCUGAAAGGCCAACAAGGUAAUCCUUUUAUCCUGCGGGCACGCCGCUCCCUCUCACAUCCCGCAGCCCCCUGGCACCUGCGUUACCUGGGCCAGCCGGAAGUAGGGGACAAGAGCCGCCAUGCCCUCGUGCGCAACUGUGUGGACGUGGCCGCCUCACACAGCUUGCCCGAGUUCCUCAAUGAAAUGGGCUUCCGCAUGGACCAUGAGUUUGUGGCCAAUGGGCACAUUUUCCGCAAAGGCGCCAUGAAAGUAGUGGUUAGCAAGCUGUCGCGAAUCCUUGUCCCGGGCAACACUGAUAACACAGAGCGUCUGUCGCUGUCAUACUUGGUGGAAUUGAGCGUUUUGGCGCCUGCCGGGCAGGACACUGUGUCGGAGGACAUGCGCAGUUUUGCUGAGCAGCUGAAACCUCUGGUUCACCUUGAGAAGAUUGACCCCAGCAAACAGAGACAUUGA